UCUCCAGGGCCCUCAAGACAUUACUGCUGUUUAAAGGCAAGAGUCGGCUCCAACACUGAUUGUGGUAACUUUACUGAAGCCCACUGAGCCAGAGACAUAAAGGAAACCUUUUGCUAAUCAAGACCCAGGCAUCUCUCCUUCAUCCCCUGUUAUUCUCAAUAGCAUGUGUUCAGGACUGACCCACUGAUCCUUGUCAGACUGACUACUCCACAAUGGCAAGAGUCGACCCUGGUGUCUGGAACCAAGCCUGAAUCGUGGAAUGACCCUUCUUGGAUGAAAUGCCAUUAAAGUGGGAACAGACGUUUCUGGGGAUGUUAAUUCCAAAGCCUGAAGUGCUGAGAGUAAAGAAGAUCUGUCUUGAUCUCCACCUUAAAUUCGUCAAAUAUUGAUGGGGUAUUUUACACAGCAGAACUCCCUAAGAGACCACUGAUUUACAGAUGGACAACAUGAUUGCGACCACAUCUUCAUCAGAAGAUACGAAUUCCGUUUCUCUGAAUGUUCUCACGUAUCUGGAUACUCUGACCAACAUUACAGAAGACCAAUGCUUCAGCGCCCGUUCCCACAGCACUGUCUUACAAGGGCUGCCUUUUGGUGGUGUGCCCACAGUACUUGCUCUCAACUUCCUCCUUUGGAUGGUACUUCUCUUCAUCUUUUCCUGCCUUCGGAAAGCAGCUUGGGAUUAUGGGCGCCUCGCCUUGCUGAUGGAUAAUGACAGCCGUUUGCCUCCAAGCACAUGGAACUCCUACGACCUGACAUCCCUCUUCUAUGGAGAACAAAGUGAAAAAGAAAAGUCCCCUUCUGAGAGCAGCCCCUUGGAUGCUGACAACAAAGAUGUGGGAUUCUGCUCCUGGCUUCUUUCAAUUUACCAGAUGAAAGAUGAAGAAAUUCAAAGCAAGUGUGGAGUUGAUGCCACAACCUACCUCUCUUUCCAGCGGCAUCUGUUGGUGUUGCUCUUGAUUGCCUGUGUGCUGUCUGUGGCUGUCAUCCUUCCCGUCAACUUCUCUGGUGAUCUCCUUGGAAAAAAUCCAGCUAAUUUUGGCCGAACCACAAUUGCAAAUGUUCCCAAAGAUGACCGUCUCUUGUGGCUGCACAGUAUCUUUGCUCUCCUCUAUUUCAUCAUCACUGUUCUCUGCAUGACUCAUCAUUCCAUCCAAUUAGAGUAUAAGGAAAAUGAAAAGCUGGCCCGGACAUUGAUGGUUACCAGGAUUCCCAAAGAGAUCACAGAUACAUCUCUUGUUGUCAAACACUUCCAUGAGGCUUAUCCAAGCUGCACAGUGAUCGGUGUCCAAUUUUGCUCUGAUGUUCGCAGAUUGAUGAAGCUGGAUUCAGAGAGGCGCAAGGCAAUGAAAGGGAGGCUUUACUUCACAACCAAGGCUCAAAAGGAGGGGAAAAUUAUGAUCAAAAUCCAUCCUUGUUCUCGAAUUUUCUGCUGCCGUAUUUGUGGCUUUGAAGAGGUGGAUGCUGAGCAGUACUAUGGGGAGCUAGAGGAGAAACUGACAGAUGAGUUUAAUGCUGAACGCAGCCGGAUUGCUCUCAAGCGUCUUGACAUGGCCUUCGUCACAUUCCAGGAUGAAAGAAUGACAGCCAC